AUGCGUGGUGAUGUUCAAGACUUGAAGAAAACUGAGUUAGCAGCAGAAGGCUUCAGCAUAGAGAAGCAACAGGAGCAGCUGUUGAUGAACAAACUUGCGACCAGUGGCAGAUUACCUUCAAAACCGCAAACCGCUUUUCUGCAAAAAAAGUUACAACAGCAAAGAAAAUUUUUUGAUUCUGGUGAUUAUGCAAUGAAUAAAGAAAAAACCAAAAAACCAUCAGCUGACAUACCUAAGACAGAUCUGCAAUGUUUUCAUGAUCCGAAUACAAUCCCUUCAGUUGCAGAGAAAAAAUUAUCAGAUGUACCGCUUCGGGUUGAGGUGAAACCAUUAGGCGAUGAAUCCUUGCUUAUUCCUCGACCAGAUACGGUACCGCAACGUAAAUCGUCAAUUAUUUACCCAUCUGUACAUAGUAAAUUAAGUCCGCAACCACAUAUUCAUCAUUCAUUUCAUGAUAAUGAUGCUAUUUCUGAAUCCUAA